UUAUCCGGCUGUCUCAUGCGUCUGAAGAUCCAGAUAAUAACAACUUGUCAGAUGACAUGAAAAUUUAGCAUAUUUAUUAAAAAACAAAUACAGUGAAUAUGACAGCUUCAAUACAUUCAGUGUUAGCAGCAGGAUGGAUCCCGUUUGUCAUAGUUAUUGUGCUUGUACUCAUAUUUUCAAGUAUUUAUAUAAAAUACUACACAAGCAAACGAGACAGUGAAUGUUCAACAACAUUAUGUGCUAUCCUUGCAUUGAGUGUAACCUUGAUGACAACUGCAUUGAUCCCAGUUGAUGUUUUCCUGGUGUCAUUUAUGAAGAGUUCAGAUGGAACUUUUAGUGAGUGGGCCAAAGACAACGAGACCCGCCAUUCUGUGGAACAGUCAGUUUUGGUUGGUUAUUACACAAUGUAUGGUCUGAUAACAUUUUGCAUGUUUCUCUUGCUGCCAUUCAUGUACUUCUUCUAUGAAGAGAGAGAAGAUGAUGUCACAUGUAAAUCUAGAUGUUGUGGUGCCUUAAAAUACUCGGUUGUAUUUUUGAUUGUGAUAUUUGUCCUUCUGUUGAUUGGAGCACUUGUACAUACAAAGAAGAUACCAAUGAAGAAUCAGAACUCCACUGACUGGGAGAAACUGGAGGCACUGUUCGACAUGGAAAGUAACUGGAUAGAGAACAGCCUUUCAUUCGUGAUCAGUAUACUUAGUCUGAUUGGGAUGUUGGCACUCUUCACUUACACUGCAUAUGGGAUGGCAAUUUUACCCAUAGAUCUCAUACGAGGUAGCAGAAAUGUGCGAGGUGAGAAAAUGGAUGUACAGAGUAGAAGAUCAGACAACAGAGAGAGGAUUCAAGCCAUCAAAAAUAAGUACUCUGGUGGACGAAGUAUGUCAAGUCGUGAUGCUAGUCGAGUUUCAGACCUGGAGGAGUCAGAAGCACUAAUGGAGAGACAGGAGCGCCACCUGGAGGCUCGGGACACCUGCUGUCAGAAAUGUUGGCUGAUUUUUCGGCCGUUUGCCAUUGUGUUUGGUAUCUUGCUAAUAUUGGUGGCAGUCUUGGUGUUUCUGUCACUGCUUCUAACCAAUAUUGACAAGACAAUGCACAGCCUGGGACCUAAACUUGGAUAUGCCUUGCCUAAAGCUACACUACCUAACCCUGUUGAUAUAGUGCUUGUCUACUGUCAGAAGGUGUUCCCGCUGGACUACAUACUGUUUGCCGCCCUGGUACUCUACCUGGUGAUAAGUUCUAUGGCAGGAAUCAGGAAUAUUGGAAUCUGGUUCUUCUGUCUAAGGAUGUACAAGAUACGACCACGGCGCACACGUCCCCAGGGCAUUCUGAUGAUGUGUAUGAUACUGAUGUUCAUACAGCUCGGAAUCAACAUUAUACUGUAUGAAUUAACCCCUCAAUACUCGUCCUACGGCAGUCAACAUUUUAAGGUAUCAAACAGUACACAAGUAGAGGAGUGCAGUACAAAUCAAGGAGAAGAUGAGUGUGUGAUUACAAGGAUGUCACUGUUACUGACCAGAUUUUUCUACAAGAUGUGGUUCUUCGGAGCUGCCUACUACUGGUGUACCUGGUCUUUCCUCUUGUUUAUCCUGAUUGGUUUUCUUGUUGCUGUCUGUAAGAAAUCAAAGUCAGCGAUAGAUGGGGAGGUGGAGUCUGAUGACUUUGACGACAGUGAUGAGGAACUUAUUCAAGGAUAAGUGAAUAAAACAAAAACAUGUGAAACACAAAGAAAAAUGGUUGAUGUAAUUUGAACAAAGAAUGCUUUUUUUCCACAAAUGUGUUAUAUCAUGUACAGAGUGAUAAGUGUUGAUAGUUGAUUGAAAGAUUUAAUUAUUGGUAUACAUGCAACAGAAGAAAGAUGACACAUUUAAGUCUGGGUCAGAUGAUAAUGCAUUUUAUUACGUUUUUAAAUUUGAAUGACAUAUGUAGUGCACUGAAACAAAAUAAUCAUCAGUGUUUUGUAUAUCAAUAAGAAAAUAAAACACCAUCGGCAUGAAAUUAUCUUAAUUGGCAAACAAGCCAGCUGCCAGCUUGAACCACAAGUUUUAUGUAAGUGUAGUAUUGAAACAUGAAUGUUUUGUCUUUGUUAGUAUUAUAAAUAACUUACUAUGCAUAGGAAUAACAGAAAAUAUAUUAACUACUGAUUAGUUGUACUAUUUACCCAGAAAAUAUUUUUGCAGAUUGCAUUAAAAACAUUGUGUUGAUUUUUUCUACUUUAUUAUUGCUGCAUUGUUUUGUUUGAACAUUCUGUGUAUGCUGUACCAUGGCAGAGCUUUGUGAUAAAUUAUUUGUGCAAUGUUUGUCAUGGAAUUUGAUUUGUGAUGACAACAUUAUACAGGUUAUCUCCAUAUAUAUUGAUCUACUUAUACAAUAACUAGAUAACAGGAUUUCUGACAUUUUCAGGACUUAGUUGUUUAAAACUUUACUAAGGUGAUCAAGCUGUUGAUUAACUUUUAGGCUUGUAUUUCAACAUUUUAUAAAACUUUGUUAAACAAAUGUAUGUGUUUAGAACUAUGAACAAUAAAAAGUCUUUACAGUAAAAUCAAAACAUCAAACUAAUGUUUCCCACCAAAACUAAUAUUUUGAAUCAGUUAGUUUAACAGCCCGUUAAAAUUUCAAACAACUUGGAAAGAUGUUUAUUGUGUCUAUUCUGUAAGUGCUACACUGUACAUGUAUUUUUGAUGCAGAUCAUCUGUUGGCAUGUUUCGGCAUUAAAGGUGGAUAAUCAGAUUUUGGCCAUGUAACGGAUUUGUUCGAAACUUUAGCAUCUGAUCAUUUACACUCAUUUAUGUUCACUUAACACUUAAUACAAAUUAGAUUUUCACUGGAGGUAUUUUUAAAAUUUCAUUUUCCUAUCCUGGUUGCCCAACCAAGAUAGAGUUAUUUUAUCAUAAGUAUAAAUUUGAUAAACAUACUUUGCCUAAGGAAAUGUAUAAAUAUUAGACAUAUUGUAAUAUAUUUGUAAAAUAUUUGCAUUAAAACUUAUGUAUUUAGAUGGAAUUCAUUAGAAACGCAAGUUUGAAAAAUUAUUAUUACCUCCCUUUGCCUAUCUUGGUUGCGCAACCAAGAUAGAUUGGAAAUAAAUGAAUUUAGAAGCUACACACAGCUUUAAAACUUGCAUUUUGGUUCAGAUUGUUCAAUAGUUGAUAUGAUUAUCAAAUGCAAAUGUAAAACUAGACAUUGUAUCGAAAUAAAAAGAAAUACCCAGCUUUUUAUAUACUUUCAUAUUAAAGGGGAGUAAUUACAAAAUUUUAUAAAAAUAAUAAAAUAUACAUUUCAAAUAGGAAUCUAACUCUAUGUAAUCGGUCUUUUUGUUCCUUAAAUAAUUCUCUACCAGAAUAUACAAAAAGUAAAAAAUGUCAUUAAAUGUUGAUUAAAUGUGAUUGACCACCUUUAAAGAGUGACAGGAACAGACACUUUUAAAUUAGCAGAAUUUCUGACCAAAUAUCAAAAGAAUUUGUCACAUUCCUUGAAGACAGAUAUCCAAAACUCUUAUGUGUGAAACAUAUUGUAAAGAAAGGCUUGUAGUUUCUGAUUCAUUACUGGAUAAAAAUAUUUUUAUUAUGUAAUCAUUUAUUUAAUACUAAAGUACAUUCUCUGUUAUAUAUAUCUUGUUUGAAAUGUGCUUUAUCAAGUGGACUUGCGUUAUAUUUAUAUGCCUUAUUGGUUGUAACAUGUAUACAGAAAUUUGUGAAAGUGCUGUAACAUGUAACUGUUGUUGUUUUUUUCCAUGCACUGUGUGACAGUAAUUAGUCUAUAAUUUUUCAUUAUUGUACUGCUUUCAUAUUAAAGUUUUAAAACUAGA